AUGUCUUGCUCCAGUGAGGCCUGCAGACCCAGCGGGGUGAGCUGCCCUCAGCCCAUUGCCCAGAGCUCCAACGAGCCGUGUGUGCAGCAGUGCCCCGACUCCAGAGCCAUCAUCUUCCCCCCGCCGGUGGUGCUGACAGUGCCAGGCCCCAUCCUCAGCUCCUGCCCUCAGGAGAGCGUUGUGGGAUCCUCAGGCCCAGCCUGGCUGGGGAGCUCCUUCAGCUCCCCAAGCUCCCAGGGCUAUGAGGGCCCCCUGGGCUACGGGGGCUCCUUGGGCUAUGGGAGGUCAAGGAAUUCUGUGGGCUCCUUUGGUCUCGGGGGCUAUGGGAGCUCCCUGGGCUUGGGGGGCUUCUCUGGUUAUGGGGGCUCCAGGGGAUAUGGGAGCUCCCUGGGUCUGGGGGGCUUCUCUGGUUAUGGGGGCUCUAGGGGAUACGGGGGUUCCUUUGGUUUAGGCGGCUACGGGAGCUCCCUGGGCCUGGGAAGUUUAUCUGGCUCUGGGGGCUCCCGGGGAUAUGGGGGCUCCUAUGGUUUAGGGGGCUUAUCUGGCUAUAGGGGCUCCAGGGGAUACGGGGGCUCCUUUGGUUUGGGGGACUAUGGGAACUCCCUGGGUUUGGGGAGCUCCUCUGGCUAUGAGGGCUCCUGGGGCUUGGGAAGCUCUGGAGGCUACGGGGGCUCCCUUGGCUACAGCCACCCCCUGAGUUAUGGAGAUGAGCCAGGCUCUGGGGGCUCCCUGAGCUAUGGAGGCCCUCAGGGGUUGGGUGGCUUGGGCAACGGUGGGAGGUCCUACAGCUCUGGCUUCUCCUCCUGUGGCACGGGCUACUACCUCCCUGGUGGCCAGAGGUGGGGCAGGUCCCGCCGUGGGAGCUGUGGGGCUUUCUGA